AUGAACAUUACUGAGGAUCAGCUUAACAUGUCCAUCCAGUACUGCUUUCCUGACAACAACUCAUCUUGCAGAAAGGAGCUCCACACUCCCACCAACCUGCUCAUCCUCUCUCUGGCUGUGGCAGAUCUUCUUGUGGGACUGUUUGUUAUGCCAGUGAAAAUAAUGGAGCUAAUUGACUCCUGUUGGUAUCUUGGAAACGUUGCAUGCUCUGUUUCUCCAAUAAUCUUUGGCCUCCCGAUGUCAGCAUCUCUCUGCAGCCUGGUUUUCAUUGCAGUUGACCGGUACAUUGCUGUCAGUGACCCUCUACUGUAUUCUACGAGAGUCACAGUUUGUAAAAUGUCAAUGCUCAUAAUUAUAGGCUGGUCAUUUUGUUUAUUUUAUGUUACUAUCUAUACCCACUUUAAUGGUCAUCUUCUUCAAUCUCAAAUCCAAUCCACUGGCUGUUAUGGAAAGUGUAUCUUAUUCAUCAAAUAUUCCUGGGUGAUUAUUGACCUGGUUAUUUGUUUUCUAGCCCCUUGCUUUAUUAUACUGGUCUUGUAUUUAAUCAUUUUUAAUGUGGCAAGACGUCAAGCUAAAGCAGUUAGAGCUGUGAGGAAUGAAGCCUCAAACAAACAUGGAGCCAAAGUUUCAAGUUCUUCUGAAACCAAAGCAGCGAAAACAUUAGGAAUUGUCAUUUUUGUUUAUCUUGCUUGCUGGAUACCGUUUUAUGUAAGUUCUCUGACAGUUGAAAGUGUCACAACGGUAUCAAUAGUGUGGUCUGUGUUUGGAUGGCUACUAUACCUUAACUCCUCUGUGAAUCCAUUAAUAUAUGCCAUUUUCUAUUCAUGGUUCAGAGAAUCAGCUAAAUGUAUUUUAUCUUGUAGAAUAUUUGAAUCCUCGUCUUCAAGAUUUAAUUUGUUUCCGGGACAUUUUUAACUUCAGCUGAUAAAACCAACAAUACUACACAGCUAACUUCAUUUGCAGGGUAACACUUUACAUUAAUACUCAAAAAGGGUUGAUGAAUGGUUUAAAAUUGAUUAAAAAGUUAUUAAACUUAUAACUCACAAACAACAUGAGCAACAGUGACCUGUUCUAUCUGAUUUAAAUGGAAAUCGUAAAGGUUGAAUGCUAAAAGUAAGAUGAGUAAUCUGCUCGCUCUAAGGUUUAUUAGUCGACAUAAAUGUGGGGUCACUAUUUUGCA